AUGGGUACUACUAGUACUACUUCCAACUCGACGACAAGUACACCAAAAAGGGUUUCAUCCUCUAAAGAUGAAUAUAACCCUCCAAAACGAACGAGCUCAGGUACACCAACACCAUCAAGAACCAAGUCAAUGGCCGAUAAAGAAAAGCAAAAUUCUAAAAGUGGUCAAAAGAGAAAAGAAUAUUCAGAAAAGGAAAAGAAAACUUCUUCAUCUUCUUCCAUCUCUACUACUACCACCGCAACACAACAAAAAAAAAAGAGAAUUGCAAAAAAAGACAAUCCAUUAGGUAAUAUGAUGGAAAAUUAUCUCAAUAGGAUUGCAGCAGAGAAAAAGGCCAGUGCCGAGGCCGAGGCAAAGUACAAGGCAAAGGCCAAGGCAAAGGAAGAGGCUCAAAAGGCAUCAAAAUUCAAGAAUAUAAUUUGUAAAGUAUUCUCAAUCUAUUCACCUUUUUAUAAAGUUCAAAUUGGAAAAAACAAAUUUAUUAAUAACAAGGAUACACCCCAUGUAGAUGAAAAGGAUAAUGGCAUACCCGAUAAGAUGCAUGAAGGCGUACAGUUCCACCUUUGA